GGGCCGGCGCGAGCUGCAGCUGGAGCUCUGGCGCCCGGAGUUGGAGUUGCCAGGAGUUUCCCCGACCCCUCCCUCCUCGCGCACAGCAGCCGGAGCCCGCGCGGGAGCGGCGAGCCGCGACCAGCCAGCAGCAGAGCCGACCCAGCUUGGUCUGCAGCCCCGAUCUCCGCGCGGGGCAGCCGCGGGGGAGCACUGUCUUCGGUUGGGACGCGUGCCGCGCACUAGGCACCGCCCGAGCACGAGCCAGGCUGCACGAAAAUCCCCUGCGUGCCCUCCUGGGUGGGCUCUACAAUGAGUGCCAAGUCUGCCAUCAGCAAGGAGAUUUUUGCACCUCUUGAUGAAAGAAUGCUGGGAGCUGUCCAAGUCAAGAGACGGACAAAGAAAAAGAUUCCUUUCUUGGCAACUGGGGGUCAAGGCGAAUACUUGACUUAUAUCUGCCUGUCAGUGACAAACAAGAAACCCACACAGGCAUCAAUCACUAAGGUCAAACAGUUUGAGGGCUCCACAUCAUUUGUCCGGAGAUCCCAAUGGAUGCUUGAGCAGCUUCGCCAAGUUAAUGGUAUUGAUCCUAAUCGGGAUUCUGCAGAGUUUGAUUUGUUGUUUGAAAAUGCCUUUGACCAGUGGGUUGCUAGUACGGCCUCAGAAAAGUGCACCUUCUUCCAGAUCCUCCACCACACCUGCCAGAGGUACCUCACAGACAGGAAGCCAGAGUUUAUUAACUGCCAAUCCAAAAUUAUGGGAGGCAACAGCAUCCUCCAUUCAGCAGCGGAUAGCGUGACCAGUGCAGUACAGAAGGCUAGCCAAGCCUUGAAUGAGCGUGGGGAACGGUUAGGCCGAGCAGAGGAGAAGACGGAAGACAUGAAGAACAGUGCCCAGCAGUUUGCAGAAACGGCACACAAGCUUGCCAUGAAGCACAAAUGUUGAGAAACUGCCUAUCCUGGUGAACCUCUAAAGAAGUUGGAAGAGUUUGUUCAGCAGUUAUUACAAGACUUCCAGAUGACCGCUUCUUUGGUUUUGCUGUUGUUUUCUUUGUUUUUGUUUGUUUUCCCAAUAUAAGGACAUUUAAGGGUUUGAUUCUUCAUCGCCAGAUGUUAAUAUGAAUGAGUGACAGCUGACAGCGAGUUGUGCGUACAUUUCCUCAUCUUGCUAAGGAAUGCUACAAUAGCAUCAGCUUCAUUUUUACGUUUUCUGUUGUAUGUGUGUGAGUGUGCCUGUGUGUGUGUGUGUGUGUGUGUGUGUGUGUAUGUGUGUGUGCACGCACACGCGCGUGUGUCGGUGUGUGUGCAUAUGUUCCUUUUGAACGAAAAUUGUUUUUUGUAGUUCAAAUAAGAAAUUCAGACCAAAUAAUAAGCCAGGUAUAAAUUAGCAAAAUGUAUUUUUUUUUCCUCUCUGAAACUAAGCAACAGAAUAGUUCAAUAUGGUGGCAUCAGAUGAUGGUCCUGAAUACAAAUAGAAGCCAAGCAGUGCUUUCACUUACUCUCCUGGUCCUCUUCAUCUGAAGAAAAAAAUUAAAAUUCAUUAUCCUGAGACUCAAGUCUGUACUGUGGAAAACACCUGGGCAUAUCAGGGGAGUUAGAUUUUGUCUUUUCAUGUGAAUCUUUUUGCAUGAACCACCAAAAGCAUUCACAAAACAAAUCAGAAUCUCAAACAGAUAAACAUUUUUGUUCCUUCCUUCCAGUCUGAUAGUUGGAAAUAACAUAUGAAGGUUAAAACUUUGAAUGUAAAGACCUACCAUAAAACUUACUUUAAAACUUCUAUGGAUUAAUGGAUAUUUAUCUUGUUGUCAUUGUCCCAAGUUAUCCUAGCUGACAUGGCUGGCGGGGGCUUAUAUUUUAACAACAAACAAUAUAUCUAGGGUCAGUGAAGUGUCUCAGUGAAGGAAGAUGCUUAAACCUGGUGACUAAACUCCACAGAUUUGACCUUCACACAUGUGUCCUAGCACAUAUCUGUACACCAUAUAAAAUAUAUAUACAAAACAACAUAAUAAUGAAUCAAGUCAAAUAAAACAAUAAUUUGUCUAGAUAAAAUAUGUAAAUUAUAAUGUGUCAAGAUGCUACUUUAUUUUUUUUCUCUUUUUACAAAGAUAUAUCUAAUUUUAGAGGCACUCUCAAAGCAUCCUUGGAAAUGAACCUUCAGUUUCUUGGUAUCUGGGUUUUGGAGGUUUCAGUAUUGUUUUGGUUUUUAGUUUCUUUUGUGUCUUUUAACAUGUACUUCUUGACAAAUUGCAUACCUGUCAGUUUCAGCUUGCCUGGUCUAAUACAGGCAGCACAGUUACAAGCCUUUACAGUGCUGUCAGAUUGAACAGAAUCUCUUCCAGGCCUUUGGAGCAUGUGUUGCUCAAGGUAAUACUGCACUUAGACUGUAGAUAUUUUGUUUUCUCGAGGGUUAAAAGCUAAACAUUAAAAAUUAAAAAAUAAAAUAAAAUAAAUAAAAGCUUGUUCCUCAUGAAGCAAAGAGGCAAGCGACACAAGGCAAACGAGGCAGUGCAUGGAGUUCUCAGAUGCCUGGUCUUCAGGACCCUUUCCCUCUUUGUUCUCCACGGAGUCACCUGUUUACUUGUGAUGUCGUCUCUAAUGAAGCAGCAUAAGAUGACUUUAGAUUACUAAUGCUGAUUUAAAUAGCUUAAGUUUUCCUAAUAACGCAUCCUCCGAGAAAGAGCACAUUUUCCAUGGAAUAUCAUAGGUAUAAUAACAGGAAGAGGAUGGAAUUCGCUGCGAACAAGUGGAAUAAUCCUUUUGGGCACAUAAUCCAAAUGAAGAAAAUACUAUAAAAUGUACAUAGAGGACUAUGGAUGUUUACUAUAUCUUAUGCUUUUCUUUAGGUGUCUUACAAUUUUAAAAAAGCCAGGAACCUGCCAUCUGCUGACUAUUGGAACUAUCUGAUUCCCAAAAUAUAAGAAUAAAAAUAAAAAGCCCCCAAAUAACACUCCAAAUUGGUUUCAUUGGCAGACUUUAGCUCAGAAAACACAAAUAUUUGUCUUCCAAAACUGGAUUCUAGUUUCAGAAAGUUGAUAUAAAUAGUUGAGAGAAAUAAUCUAACUUUCCCCACACAAGUCAACAAUGAAAUCGCUUUCUGGAUACCUGGUGACAGCUUUGGUGCAACUGUUUCUGAACAGGCAGAAGCAUACUGUGAAAGCUAGGUCUUCCUCCUCAGCAUAUAAAUGUAAGUGCCCUGCACCUGCCCUCUUUCCAUUUUCUCUCUUGAUCACUUUUGACCUAAAUCUUGUUGGAAAUAGUCUGAACUAAAAGGAAAAGCCCACCCAGAGCUCUGUUAGCUUCCUCUACUGAGAAGUCCACAUCUAGGUCAUCACCAUGUUCUUGGCCUCUGAUCUGUCCUGCUUUGUCUUCCACCAAACACAUGGGCUAUAACAGCAAUUGCUGCCCAUUAUCAGCUGUCCAGCCUCUUGCAGAGAAACCCCUGAUAACACAUGUGAAAUCUGUUGCAAGCCUUUGGAAGAAGAAGGUGCUGCAAUAUAAAAUGCUAACGCAGUGUAACCAGCAUGAAUUUGCUAAGAGGACUCCUGUCAUAUGAGACCAAGUCAUUCGGUUCAGCUUGCUAGAAGAUUUACAGUGUUGAUUUUAUUUCUGCACUUCACUAUGAAUUUUGGAGAUGCUGUCUUUCUCUGAAGGACUUUGCCAAUUAUAUUGACAAUGCAUAAAAAAAGAACUUGACAGUAUUUCCACUUCUUCCUGGAAUGUAGCUGUAGUGUUCUUCUCUAGAAUGAUUAGAUAUCUAUGUCCAGGCUCUGUGCAGUUAUUCAGGUUGAUAUUUCAUUUUAAAGAAUGUAUUUGUAAAAUGUAACAAGACUAGUAGCUAUCUUUUUUUUAAGGUCUGGUAGAAGAAAUAUUAUGUGUUAGACUUAAAAUUAUAGUGAAAUCUGUUUUAUACUAUUGUGACUAGCAAAGAUUAUGCAUUUAUGUAGAAACAGUUACAGAGUGCCCUAAAUAAGAGAUACUAGUUAAGAUAGGUUUCACUCCUAAUUUCAGAAUUGUGAUGCUGCUAAUGUGUGUUGUUCUUGGUUUUUCAGAAAUUCUCUAUGAUACUGAGUACCAUUUUUGUUUCAUUCAGACAAGUUAACAGCUGUUCUGUUGGUUCACUAUUAUAACAACUCAGAUUUUGUCAUUAAAUAUUUUAACUCUC